CGAUCGCAUACUUGGCAACUCACCGUACAUGCACCCCUCGGUUCUUCUAUAGAGAGGGGAGGUUUCUUUCUUAGGUUGUUUCUCUGCUCGUUUUUCUGGUUCUCCCGCUCCUGGUGUUGCUUCUCGUCUAUGACCUUUGGUGCCAGACCCUCCUAAUUCGUGUCUGGUCCUAACUCUCCUAAUCUAUACCCUUUCCUUUUCCCGCCGCUCCUUUACAUCUCACCAUGGUGCGUCUGAGGGAGAUUCCCCGGACGGCCACUUUCGCCUGGUCCCCCGGGGCUGCGUCGCCUCUGAUCGCUACCGGUACUCGGGCCGGUGCUGUUGACGUCGACUUCUCCAAUCAGACAUGUCUGGAGCUCUGGGAUCUGGCACUCAGCCGCCAUGAGACCGGCGGAGAGCUACAGCCGGUAGCUAAGAUUGAUACGGACUCCGGCUUCAAUGACCUAGCGUGGACGGAAUCCGAAGAUAACUCGCGGGGUGUGAUAGCCGGUGCUCUGGAGAACGGCUCGUUGGAUUUGUGGGAUGCCGAUAAGCUGCUUAAUGGUUCCGAUGAUGCUGUGAUCUCGAGAACUUCCAAACACUCAGGGGCUAUCAAGGCUCUCCAGUUCAACCCCAAACACUCGAACUUGCUGGCAACCGGUGGUGCAAAGGGCGAGCUCUACAUUUCCGACCUGAACAAUGUCGCGAACCCAUACCGACUCGGAGGCACGGCGGCCCGCGCGGACGACAUCGAAUGCUUGGACUGGAACAAGAAGGUUGCACACAUCUUGGUCACUGGUAGCAGUGCAGGCUUUGUUACUGUGUGGGAUGUCAAGACAAAGAAGGAGAGCUUGACUCUCAACAACAUGGGCCGGAAGGCAGUUAGCGCUGUGGCCUGGGACCCGGAGAAGCCUACGAAACUUGUCACUGCGACCCCUCUCGAGUCCGAUCCUCUGAUCUGUGUCUGGGAUCUCCGUAACUCGCACGCUCCAGAGAGGACCCUCCGCGGCCAUGAGUCCGGUGUGUUGUCGCUCUCCUGGUGUGCUCAGGACCCCGAUCUGCUUCUCUCCUCCGGAAAAGAUAACCGUACGAUGUGCUGGAACCCGCAAACCGGCCACGCCUAUGGCGAAUUCCCCGUUGUCACCAACUGGACCUUCCAGACCCGCUGGAACCCGCACAACCCCAACUUCUUCGCUACCGCAUCGUUCGAUGGAAAGAUCUCCAUCCAGACCAUUCAGAACACUAGCACCGAAACCGCACAGGCCAUCGCCGAUCAGAAUCAGGCUCUGGAUGGCGAGGACUUCUUUGCCAAGGCACAGACUCAACCUCAGGUCUCGAGCUUCUCGUUGCCGAAGCCUCCCAAGUGGCUCGAGAGGCCCUGCAGCGCCACCUUCGGCUUUGGUGGCAGAGUCGUCUCGGUCAACCUGGUUGAGAAGGGACAGCGUGCAUCCAAGAUUAAGAUCACUCCGUUUGAGGUUGAUGAAGCUGUUGGGAAGUCGACUGAGACCUUCGAGACCGCUCUCAAGGAGGGCGAUCUGCGCAGCAUCUGCGAAAGCAGAGCGGCUAACGCUGGCUCCGAUGAGGAGAGGGCUGACUGGAAGGUUAUUGAAGCCUUAAUCUCUAAGGACCCUCGCAAGGGAUUGGUCGAAUACCUUGGCUUCGCUGACCAAGCAGACGAGGCUGCGGAUAGCCUGUCUAAGCUCGGUCUCGAUAAGGAAGAGGAAGUCAAUGGGGAGGCGACGAAGGAAUCCCGCGGGUCGGGAGCCAAGAAGCACAGGCGCCUGCAGUCGAUGUUUGAUGCCAAUCCCGAAGCAGACAGUUUCUUGUCCGAUUUGGCUGCCUCCAAGGGAGCCAAGACCAACAAUCCCUUCCAUAUCUUCAAUGGUUCGGAGAAUGAAGCCGACACGGGCAUUACCCGCGCGUUGCUCCUCGGUGACUUUGAGAAGGCUCUUGACGUUGCUCUCAAGGAAGAUCGCCUCUCUGAUGCCUUCAUGAUCGCCAUCUGCGGCGGUCCCAAGUGCAUUGAGAAGGCCCAGGAGCACUACUUCCAGAAGCAGACCAACAGCCCCAACUACGUGCGCCUGCUGGCUUCCAUUGUCGGCAAGAACCUCUGGGACGUGGUUUACAACGCUGACCUGUCUAACUGGAAGGAGGUCAUGGCGGCUCUCUGCACCUUCGCUGACGAGAAGGAUUUCGCUGACCUUUGCGAGGCUCUGGGUGACCGACUGGAGGAAGAACUCCGCAACAACGAGGACAAGGGUAUGCGCAAGGAUGCUUCCUUCUGUUUCUUGGCCGGUUCCAAGCUAGAGAAGGUCGUUGCAAUCUGGAUUGAGGAGCUUCGUGAGAACGAGCAGAAGGCUAUCGAGACCGCCGCUGAUGACUCUGCUUUCUCGAUUCACGUCCGUGCUUUGCAGGGGCUCAUCGAGAAGGUGACCAUCUUCCGCCAGGUCACCAAGUUCGAGGACACCGAACGCACCAAGGAGUCGGACUGGAAGCUCGGCACGCUGUACGACAAGUACAUCGAGUAUGCCGACGUUGUUGCUACGCACGGACGCCUGCAGGUUGCGCAGAAGUAUCUCGACCUCGUGCCGGAGAAGCACCCCGAGGCUGAGAUUGCACGGAACCGUAUCAAGUUGGCUACGAGACAGGCAACCCCUCAGAGAACGCAGCCCGCCGCCGCUACUGUGACCAGGGCCGCCCUCAACAAGCCUCUCCCCCAGCCUAACGCAUUCCAGCCUCAGAGAGCUUACUCACCGGCUACGCCAGCUGCUGCUCCCAGCCCCUACGCUCCAGCUGCAGCGGCUGUAAAUCCCUACGCUCCUCCGACUGCCGCUGCCAACGCCUAUGCUCCCCCAACUACUGCUGCUGCCAACCCUUAUGCGCCGCCUACUGCUUCCGCGCCGGCGCCGCCUGUCAACCCAUAUGCGCCCCCAGCUGGCGGUAGCAGCUACACCCCUGCAGGAUAUCAGCCGCCCAAGGCACCUGCUUACGGUGCUCAGCCCCUAGGCGGUGGUGUGCCUCCGCCUCCGCGUGCAUCUAACCAAUCUCCUGCCCCUACCGUCACCACCUACACCACUGCCACGAAUCUGCCCGCAUGGAACGAUCUGCCAGAAGGUUUUGCCAAAGCUCCCACACCUCGCAGGUCCACCCCUGCCGCUGCAACGGUUGCGUCUCCCUUCCCCAACCAGUCCCCCACUCUCACACAGGGACCUCCGCCACCGGCUGGUCAGCGAGCACCCUCAGUUCCCCCUCCGCCGAAGGGCACUGCUCCUCCCCCACGGAUGACCUCGCCACCCGCCGUGCAGCCGUCUUCGACUACGAUGCCCCCUCCGCCGGCCAACCCUUACGCUUCUUUGCCCCAGCCUCCUCCCAUGGCGUCCACUAUGGGAGUCCCAGCAUCCAUUCCUCGGGGACCCUCUCCAUACAACGCGCCGCCUACCAUGCCUCCUCCCCCCAACCGGUAUGCUCCUAGCCCAGUCGCACAGGCUGCCAGCCCGCAACUGCAGACUCGGGCACCUGUCCCUCCGCCUCCGCAGGCAGCUGCUUCUCCGUAUGCCCCUCAACCUCCGGCCGCGGGCCACUAUGUCCCGAGCACUCCUCCGCCACACGUGCAACCCCCGCCGCAACAAGCCCCUCCGCCUCAGGCCGCCCCGGGAUCCCGGCCAAGCACGGCUUCCUCGCAGAAGAAGCCCGCACCUGCCCCGCCUAAGUACCCCCCCGGUGACCGUUCCCACAUCCCGGCCGACGCCAUGCCUGUCUACGAGAUCCUCUCCGCAGACAUGCAGCGCGUGAAGUCUCGGGCCCCGUCUUCCUUCAAGGCACAGGUUGAUGAUGCCGAACGGCGGUUGAACAUCCUGUUCGACCACCUCAACAACGAGGACUUGCUCAAGCCUAACACCAUUGCGGACAUGGCGGAGCUGGCUCGCGCCAUCCAGGCGCGCGACUAUGAGACCGCCCGGACGAUCCACGUCGAUAUUAUGACUAACCGGCUGGACGAGUGCGGUAACUGGAUGGUUGGUGUGAAGCGUCUUAUCAGCAUGAGCCGGGCCACCCCGUAAAUUUGAGUCAAGUUUCAGUUUAAGAGGCUAUGACAGGAAAAGGAAGUAAAAAGGAACGAUUAUGAGUUGUAUGUAAAGGAAAGACGAGUCCUCUUUUAUUAUGCUUCACUGUACUGCUCAUUGUCCGGUCCCGUUUUGCCUUGGUUGGGCUGUUUGCGAAUUGUUCCUUCAGAUGUCAAUGUUAUUACUAUGUUUAUUCUAUUAUUGGUAGUAUUGAAAAGCCGUAAGCCCAUGUAUGUGUCUUUGCUUUGGUUCUUCUCGCGAGGCUUAUACCAUUAGCUAUUCUAUUCAUGCG